AUGAACAUAGCUCAAAGCGUUCGCAAAUCUUUCCGAAGGUCUUUUAAAAAUAAAAACAGAUUCUCGCAGGUCCAGGAGUACUCAAGGUUGCUGCCUGGUGAUGAGAGGAUACGUCGGAAUGUCUACGUGGAUGGUUAGUUUGGUACACUAUGCUUAGGGUUUAUAAUAUUUGAUAACAAAAUUCACAUUUUUUGAAAUUUUUAGUUUUUUUAAAUUGUUAUUUAACUUUGAUUUGUGUGCUUAAUUUUAUGUUUUAGCUCCAAUAGUGGGUUCAGAAGACCCAGAAGUCCAAAUUGUAUCAGACCUUCUAAACCGUGGCAAACGACUCUCAAAUAACGGUAAAUGUUUUGGUCGACUAGAUGACAAGAACAAUAUCAUUUGGACUAACUACAAUGAUGUGAUUGAAAUUGUCAACGAAAUUGGCUCGGCUUUAGUUGAACUCGGCAUUGAACCAAUCCAAGACACAAAGAUUGGCGUUACAGGGAAGAAUUCAGCCGAAUAUGCAAUGGUUGGACACGUCUGCAGUUUGUAUUCCAUGGUAAUGGUGCCAUUGUAUCACAACUACAAGUUUGAGGAAAUCAAGUAAGUAAUUGUUUAUAAGUUUGGUAGAUUAAACGUUUUAUUUAUAGUUUUAAUAUAAUGUAAAAAUUUCUUUAGUAUAAACAUACUUUUGGCUAGAUAACACAGUAAAAUAAAUUUAUUUGCGUAAAGUCUUUUGAAUCUGUUUAUUUACAGGCAGAUUAUUGAAAAAUGUUCGAUUACUGUACUUUUCUGUGAUGACGUAGAGUUUGCUUUAAAAUUUAAAAAUGAUAAAGCUAUCAAACAUAUUGUCAUCAUGUCAGACCAUCAACAUAUCAAUGCUCACAAUGACAGACUUAACACUAAUGUAGGCAUUUUUAGCUGUAUAUUCAUAUAAAUGUUGUUUAUACAUUUCUUGUUUACAUAUUAUGUUGUCCUUCUAAAGAAGUUACUUUACAUAAUACUUUAGGUAUAUUCUUGGUCUCGUUUGCUUGAAACCGGCCGACUUUCCCCCCACGAUCCUGUCCCAGCCAAGCCAACUGACACCUAUAUGAUAUGUCACACAAGUGGUACCACUGGUCAACCAAAAGGUGCCAUGAUAUCCCACAGAGCCUUGUUAAGCUCAAUGACUGGCACAUAUAUCAACUGGUUCAAUGCUGCCAACCGGCUGACUUUAUCAAAUUCAGACGUUUACUUAUCAUUCUUAUCAUUGGCCCAUGUUUAUGAACAAAUCAUGCAGUCAAUAAUGAUGUACAGUGGAUGUCAAGUGGGCUUCUAUGGUGGUGAUAUGACAAAGUUGUUAGAAGAUAUACAAUUGUAUCGUCCUACAGUCGUAGCCUUCGUGCCACGUCUUUUGGACAAGUUCAAAUGUAAGAUCGAAGGUGGAUUGAAGAAGAAGCCACAUAUUGUUCAAAAGCUGAUCGCUCUUGCGAUAAAAAAGAAACAAUCUUUAAUGAAACAUAAGAUUCUCACAUAUAACACAUGGGCUGAUGUUGUUCUACGACCAAUUCACAAGAUAUUCGGAGGUAGAUUAAGGCUAGUCGUCAGUGGAGGUGCUCCAAUCAGCGAAGAUCUGAAGAGCUUCAGUCGGAUUGUGUACGGAUGCCCGGUGUUUGAAGGGUACGGUCAGACAGAGUGUGUAGCAGCUGGUACUCUUUCUCUCGGUGGUUGUACAGAGACUGGACAUGUUGGAGGACCGGGGGCUUGGGCUGAAGUAGGUUGAUAAUCAUGCUAUUGUAUAUUCUUUAAUCAAAGUCUUAAUGAAACUAAGUUUACCCCAAUUUUAAAAAAUUUUUAAUUGUAAUAUACCUAUUUUGUAACAGAUUUAAAUAUUUUUCGAUUACAACCUUCAAAUAUUACAGAUAAAACUUGUCUCAGUGCCAGAAAUGUCGUACGAUGCAUCAGAAGACAAGGGAGAAGUUUGUUUCCGUGGAGCCGGCUUGAUGACCGCUUACUAUGGGGAACAAAAGCUGACUUCAGAAGCCAUUGAUGAAGAAGGAUGGCUACACACGGGAGAUAUUGGAUGCUGGUUAGCUAAUGGAGCGUUGAAGAUUAUCGACCGAAAAAAGAACUUCUUCAAGUUGGCACAAGGCGAUUUCGUAUCACCGGAACGCGUGGAACAUGUUUACAUGAGACACUCGGCUGUCACUCAGAUAUUCGUUGAUGGGAAAGGUACUCAGGCUUUCUUGGUUGCCAUUAUUGUCGUAAAUGAGGUGGUGAUUCAAGAGAUUGCAAGGGAACAUGGCGCAGUAAGUUUACGUACAGAGACGGACAUGAUUUUGAUCUGUAAGCCCCUUAAGGUAUUAAAAAUGUUUUAGAACCUGCGAUUUCUGUCAGAAAUUUAAAUUCUGACCAAUUAUUUGUCUAAAACGGUUAACUAAUUUCGUUGCAGGACCCAAUAAACCUGAACAAUUCAAAAAUUAGAUCCAAAAUCCUCUCCGACCUCAGAGUUUUGGGUCGCGACGCUGGGUUAAGUAGCUUGGAACAGAUUCAAAAUCUACAUUUGGUAACCGAAGAGUUCAGUUUGGAUAAUGGACUUCUGACUCCAACCUUGAAAAUGAAAAGAAAUGACCUCAGGGCAAGAUACCAAGAUGUCAUUAACAAUCUGUACGAACAGUCUUUAAUCGAUAAUUAA